CUUCCCCCCCACUCCACAGCACCGCCACCGGCCAGGCCCCCUCCCAUGGGAGCGUGGGCGGGGUCCGGGCGAGCCCCCAUCUCUCACCGAGCUCUCCCUCCGGGUCGGACCCGGGGCUGUCCCGCGCGGGUGGUGACUCUGCUCUCGGCUUUGCAGCGCUUGGACGGGCGGCAGAGCUACGACUACAGGAACGUGCGAAUCUCCUUCGGUGCCGACUACGGCUGCUGCAUCGUGGAGCUGGGGUGGACCAGAGUCCUUGGACAGGUUUCAUGUGAACUUGUUUCCCCAAAGCUAAAUCGAGCUACAGAGGGUAUACUUUUCUUUAAUCUUGAGCUCUCCCCAAUGGCUGCACCAGCUUUUGAGCCUGGCAGGCAAUCUGAGCUUUUGGUGAAACUGAAUCGACUACUAGAAAGAUGUCUAAGAAACUCAAAAUGUAUAGACACUGAAUCUCUCUGUGUUGUUGCUGGUGUAAAGGUGUGGCAAAUUCGUGUGGACCUGCAUUUGUUGAAUCAUGAUGGAAACAUUAUUGAUGCUGCAAGUAUAGCAGCAAUAGUGGCUUUGUGUCACUUCCGUAGGCCAGAUGUAUCUGUGCAAGGAGAGGAAGUAACUUUGUAUACCCCUGAGGAACGUGAUCCUGUCCCUUUGAGUAUCCAUCACAUGCCUAUCUGUGUCAGUUUUGCCUUCUUCCAGCAAGGGACCUAUUUGUUGGUGGAUCCCAGUGAACGAGAGGAACGUGUAAUGGAUGGCCUCCUAGUGAUUGCCAUGAAUAAACAUCGUGAGAUUUGUACUAUCCAGUCCAGUGGAGGGAUUAUGCUGUUAAAAGAUCAGGUUCUGAGAUGCAGUAAAAUAACUGGUGUUAAAGUAGCAGAGAUCACAGAGCUAAUUCAAAAGGCCUUGGAGAAUGACCGGAAAGUUAGAAAAGAAGGUGGAAAGUUUGGCUUUGCAGAGUCUAUACCAAAUCAAAAGAUCUCUGCCUUUAAAAUGGAAAGAGCUCCUGUUGAUACUAAUGAUGUGGAAGAACAAGCUGAAGAAAUCAUCACCAAGGCUGACCCUCCUUCAGAUGUUUUUGCCAAACCAAUACUACGGAUGCCUGGGACGGCCCAAAUUGGGGAGGGACUAGAGAACUCCUGGGGAGACCUUGAAGAAUCUGAGAGAGAGGAGGAAGGUAACAGUGAUGAUGCUACCACCUCAGAAAGUCAGAAAAUGGAAACAGAAGAGAUAAAUGUUGUGAGCAAAACUAAGAAGGAUGAUGACACAAUUGUACUGUCUGACAGCGAAGAGGAGGAAGUUGUCAUUCUGGAAUCAGAGGAGAGACAGAAGAAAACACGAACUCACACCAGUGCCAAACAGGAAAAUUCUUCAAGUAAGAAAGCAUUUAACAAAAAAAGAAAAAAGAAGAGAGCUACUCAUUAGUCAUGUUCCCUUCAUAAUAAUUAUAUAGAUUAAUACUAAAAUGAGACACUUACUCUGUAUAUUAAGCUACUGAAUGUAUUUUUGUAGAUCAGUUUUCCUUCUCUCCCUCCCCCCCCAUUUCUGAAACUCAGGUCUACUUCUCUGUAUAUUUUUUUAUAUAAUACUGUACAUUGUCUUGCAAUAAAUUAAACAUUCACAAGUGUCA